AUGACAAGUCCAGAGCUUCUCUCUCUCAUCUUUUUUCACCUCACUCUUGUCUUUUUUGUCUUGGAUCUUGCAAAUGCUCAAGGCUUGAAAGUUGGUUUCUACCAACAGACCUGCCCCUCCGCCGAGGCCAUUAUCAAGAACACAACAGCUCAAUACAUCUCUCGAGCACCAAGCCUUGCCCCUGCAUUGCUAAGAAUGCAUUUUCAUGACUGUUUUGUUAACGGAUGUGAUGGUUCUGUUCUCAUAAACUCCACCAAGAACAACGUAGCCGAGAAAGAUUCAGCCCCCGACUUAAGUUUAAGAGGGUUUCAAGUGAUUGAUGGUGUCAAAAUUGCAGUAGAAAAAGAGUGUCCUGGAGUUGUUUCUUGUGCUGACAUCUUGGCCUUAGUUGCUCGAGAUGCAGUUUCCAUGAUCAAAGGACCAAAUUGGCCAGUGCCCACGGGACGAAGGGAUGGAAGAGUGUCAACGGCCCAAAAUGCCUUGAAUAACUUACCAUCUCCAUUUUCCAAUAUAACUCAACUACAAGCAUCUUUUGCCUCAAAGGGUUUGAGUGUAAAAGACCUUGCAGUUCUAUCUGGAGCCCAUACCAUAGGGAUCUCUCACUGCUUUCCCGCCGUCACGAUCCGAUUGUACAACUUCACUGGCAAAGGUGACACUGACCCAACAAUUGAUCCGAACUAUGCAGCUGUGUUGAAAAAAAUAUGUAAACCGGGCGAUUUGACUACGCUGGUUGAGAUGGAUCCUGGAAGCCGCAAAACAUUUGACACUCAUUAUUACAGUAUAGUAAGUAAAAGAAGAGGACUGUUUCAAUCUGAUGGAGCUCUUCUCUCAGACAGUGAAACAAAAGCUUAUGUUCUGAGUCAGAUUUCAAGUGGAUCCACUUUUUUGAAAGACUUUGGACCUGCCAUGGUGAAGAUGGGUAAGAUUGGGGUUCUUACUGGUAAGUCUGGUGAAAUCAGGAAACGCUGUGCCUUUAUCAACUAA